AUGGAGAUCCUCGUCCAUGUCGCCGCGCCCAGUUCCACCCGCGACGACACCCGAUACCGCGCUCAAGUCGCUGCCAUCCGCGCCUUUGAGCCGAUCUCGCGUCAGUUGCUGAGCUCAGAUAAUGCCAAAGAUGGAGCAUCAGCAGGAGCAGGAGCAGCUCUACCCCCUCCACCUGCAGCUAUCCCGGGGAUGCAGAAAAUGCAGAGCCCCCCACAGCAGAGUGCUCCUCUUUGCUGCUACGGGCAUGCAAGAGCGGCAAUAGCUGGCCAGGAUAAUGGGGCAUGCCAGACUAGCAGCGAUAGUCGCUGUGACCGGGGUUUGAAGGACCUACGGAAAAAGAAGCCGGCAGGCAAUCCACCAUCGCCUGGAAAGGCCGAUUGUGCACAAUCAGAUCCCGCUGUGCAUAGCACCGCGACUGCCACUGCUGUUACUCCAAUCGCAAAUUCAAAUCCAUGUCCAUGUCUACGGCACGAUCUUCAGCCGAUCCUACCUAGUCCUGGUCCAGGGACAAAUCAAAUCAGGCCCAGUCCACUGGUCUCAGAGCCAGCGCCUGUGGGCGAGACCCGUGAACAUGAGCCUCCAAUCGCGGCGGACUCGCUCGAGAGCGUAAUCAGCGUGAUCCCAGACUCGCAGCCAGAACUGGCUGUAUGCGCUGAACAACCGUCUCACCUAGCAACGAGGUGUCCAGCAUUACUGCACGAGGAAGAUCAACCGGGCCGCUCACCUAAACGGCGGCGGGUCGGACCCUUCCCUGUGGGCCAGACUAUCAGUGAAGCUGCAGCAGUAGAAAGUACCAUCACUUCAUGCUCAGCACACCAUGUCGAAAGGGCACUUUCAAGAGACGCAGACAAAAGUCCAUCUGCUCUCCCGACGCAGGGUCCGCAUUCCCACGCACUUGCCAAUGCUUCUUCCUCAGUCCCUUCUCAGGUCUCCAAUCCUGUUUCUGCGCAUGCUAAGGUCCUCGAAACGGAGACUCGUCCUCAACAGCAGCAGCAACAACAACAACCACCUUCUUCUGAUAAAGAUGACCCUUCCCUUAACCAUAAUGAUACACUCCUCUCCACUCUCCCCCUCACCCUCCGACCCCCUCCACCCCCAAUCUCCACCUCCACCUUCACAACACACAUCACUCCAACCCUAUCCAUGCUCACCGAGCGACUCAAACCCGCCCGCACAUAUAAGCCAAUCCAUGAAGCCCGGGAGCUAGACGCCCUCGAACGCGGAUACUGGGCCAUGCGUAUCAACAUCGCACGAACAGGGCCAGACCCAGCGCAAACCCAAGAACAAUGUCAAAAAGAGACCAACACAAAAAACGGCCCUCCUUCUGUCCCUACCCCUGGCACUGGUCCUAGUUCUACCUCUACCUCUACAACCCCCCAACCCUGGACCGAAACCCAAUUCACUCACUUCUGGACCUUCCUUGCCGGCUUCAUCGCCAGAGAUGCCCGCGCAGGAUGGGGCGUCUGGUGUAUCGCCGAACACAUCGAAACUGAAACUGAAACCCAGACACCCAUCCACACCAACACAAACACAACCAAAGAUCAAGACAACUAUCAAGAUCCAAAUACGGCUAUACAUACAGCCACACCUACAACAGACGACGCAUUCAUACCGAUCCUACUUAAAAUCUACGCGUGGGGCGAGGUCGCCAUGCAUAUCUAUCUGAUGUUGUAUCUUGCCAGUGAGCGGCGGGUUCGUGGGAUGGGGUUGCGGUGGGUGGAUUCGUGGGGGGAGGUCGUUAUUCAGAUGCCUUGA